AUGAACGAAGCUGACUUCGUUUCAGAAGUUAACUUGCUGAACUGGAAUGGUAUUUUACCACAUAACAAUAAUGUAAAUGAUGUGUUUGACUCCUUUAUUAACAAAAUAACAGAUAUUGUUGACAAUUUUGCCCCAAUUAAGGAACUAGGUAAAAGAAAG